AUGGCGAUAUGGCCGUUUGGUCGCAAGGGCAAGCGGCAUACCAUCCAGGCGGAUGCAGAUGCCCACGCUCACGGGGAUGUCGUUAUGGCGCAGGACUCUCGUCAUAGCUUCGACGCGGGGACCCUCGGCAGGAAACCGUCUCGCAAGCAAUCGAAGCGUCUCAAGAACCGUUACUCCCAGCCCGCCGACGAAUUUCCGAGCAAUAUGCACCAGCCUACUCCCUACUCUUCGUCUGGCUUUCAAACUGAACGAAACCGACCGGGCAAAGCGCAUACUUUUCACGCUUCGUCCAAUGCGAACAUGGAACAACAGUUGCUUUCUCGAAACCCAUCACUUCGCAAGCCGAGUCGCAAUAACGAGGGUCGGGCGACGUUGAAGAAGAGAUUGAGCAAGCGGAAGGCUUAUGAGAUCGCGAGGGAGCGGGAGAUUCGCAUGAUGGCGUCGAUGCCGAUGGACAUUCCUCGCCGCGUCACUAGCCCCUUGCCGGGCGAUCCUAUGCACAUUGACCAUCAGCGAGCUAAUAGUGCUCAGAGCCGACGUAUCGACCGGCACCGCUCUGAUAUCAGCCUUUCAAUCCAUGAGUCGUCGACUUCGUCGGUAACCGACUUCUCUGAUACGUAUACCUUCAAAGUUAAUGGCUUCGCGGCCUGGACCCCUCGUCCCAUUAUACGCUACGUGGAAGCUCCUCGAGCGACGUAUUCCGGGAACCAGAAAUCACCCGAGCCAGCUGAUCGAAGGACUAAAUCGCCAACCCUCGAGAUCUCCAAUGAAGACCUGCGUUCAAAGAAACGGAUCGAUGGACUAGCCGACGAUCUUGAUGCGGGCGCUUUGAGAGAAUUGAUGGAAAGAGAUCGGCGACGAAGAGAAAGAAAAGCCGUUGAGGAUCAAGAGAAGCUUGUCCGCAAACUGCAACGCAAUGCCCAAAAGGUGCCAAAGCCUCAGGAACCGCCUGUCGCCCAGGCGCACGAAACUUUGGACAAUGAGCGCGGCCGAUCUUUCCCUCAAGCACAGUCCGAAUCUCAGCCUACAACACAGGAGACUGAGGCGUUUUUGUCUGGCGAGAACCAAGGUUCGUGGCUGCGAGAGCCUUCUAGAGAUCCUGGAAGGGAUGGCCGCGAAACCCCAGAAAGUGUGCAUGUCAUUGGUAAUAUCGAUGACAGAUCAAUUCGUGAGCGAAGGGCUGCCAAGCGUCUCAGUUUUGGCCCGUCUCAAGACAUGGCGAUGUCUCGUAGUACACUCUCACCUUCACUUUCGCCAUCUAGACAUGGAGUCCACAGCCCAGACUCGUCGCAGCUCUAUGGCAUGACGCGGGACUCGAUCUCUGAUAUUUCUAGGAAUGUUGGUUCCGAGCGGCGAUUAUCCGACCACAGUAGUGGACAUGUUAAUCCGAUCACGUCCAUUUUCCGCCGCGGUAGCUCACGACUGAAGCGCAGCUACCGCGAGCGCUUCCCAGACCGAAGUCCGCCGCCGAGGAACAACGUUUCGCAUGAAUCGUUCUUUAAAGUUCACACGCAGACGUCCCCGCCAGCUCCCUAUGUUCCUCCCAAAGUCCUGCUCGGAUCGAGUUCGUUCAAACGGUCUCAAUCCAAGUUUACUGAACACUUUGGUGAAGAGCCUCUCUCACCACCUGAUUCUCGCCUUCAGUCCCCAGAGCUCCCUGAGGACGAACCUCAGACAGAAGACCAGGUGCCCGACCUGCAUUCUGAGUCUUACUAUCCUAUUCCUGGCUCUGUAGCCGAUGGCCAGAGCCGACACCAGUCCUGGACUGGAGAUGGUCUUGAUGAUCCGGAAAACCUCCCUCUGUCGCAGUCUUUAGCCUCUGUUGACUCGGAAGGGUCCUGGAUGUCAGGCCAAUUUCUGCGCCGUAUCUCACAAAGACAAGCCAGCUCAGCCCGGCAGAGCGUGACUUCCUCCCGACACAGAACAGAGGAAGGGCUUGAGAAAUCAAAAGACGACGAACACUCUGGUGACGCACAGUUUGUUGCCUUUGGCGCUUAUCCCGGCGAAGAAUACAACAACACUGCUGAUGACCAGGACAAGUACCUUGUCGUCUCUCCGCAGCCUGGGCCACAGGCUGAGACUUGGCACGAAGACGUUGCAAGGCGGCCGGUACUUGUAAACCCCACGUUACGACCCAAGUCGAUCGAGGGACUCUUGAACAACGUUCGAACGUUGUCCACGAUCUCAGCAGAGGACGAAUUCAGCCCGAUUGAAGAGCACUCUGCCGAAAUUCUAUUCCCAACUGAUGAUGACACCGCCAUCAACACCCCGCCGCACCGUUGA